AUUUUCUGCGAUCCUAAGGUAGUACAGUGGCAUCAUGGCGACCGAAUGGCAUAAUUAUCUAAAUGAAGAAGGGUUUUCUCAAUUUGAACAGGCAAGGAAGCUGAGUGACGAAUAUUCACUUGACGAUCCAGAAGAUGAUCCUUACUUGUCAAAAUAUAAAGCACGCGAGAUCCUUUGUGGAAUCAAAGAGAAGCUAAAAAGCCUAUUUGAGGCUAAUCCAGACUGCGAGCACCUGCGUUUUGCUUCUGCUGCGGUGGAUGUAAAACUAGGGUCCAACUAUGUGGAUACCGAAGAACUCCCGACCGGAGAAGAACAUCUGCUCAGGGCUCUUGAUGAACUCGAGAAAUUUCGACUGAACAGGGAUGCUUCAAAUAUUUAUCAUUCGAUCUUAAACAACAUUGGGAUUCUGUGGACAGGACGGAGAAAUCAAAAGAAAGCUCUGGAAUAUUUUCUGAAGGCAGAAAGUGUUUACAACGAUUGGAAACAAGAAGCUAAUGGAUCUCCAAAAUCAAUUGAGGAAUACUAUAAAAAGUUUGAAGAGGACAGUGAAAAACUUGAAUAUCAGAGAAAUCUGAAUUUUGAGGCUACAUAUACGCACACACUUUACUACAUGGCUCAAGUGCACGCUAAGCUCGGAGACAGCAAGAAGUCUGCACAAUACUGCCAAACAACCCUCCAACGCCAGUUGGAUAGCCAGACAUAUGACCCCUAUGACUGGUCCAUCAAUGCUGCAACACUAUCACAAUAUUACAUAACCGUUGAGGAUUUUCGACAGGCACGUCAUUGUCUUGCAUGUUCUGAACUGAUAUUCCAAGAAGUUGAGGGUAAUGGUUCAAUAAAGAAGGACAUGGAAACGUAUGAAGAGAAAUAUUGUCAGGCAAAAGCAGACAUAGAGAGAUGCUGGGCCAAGUAUGGAAUUGCUCUUCUGGAAGCCUCCAAAGAUGUAUUAAUGAAAGAGGACGAAGGUGCUGUUGGAAAGAAAUCAACACAGGAAGAAAAGAUGAAAUACCAAAACUUCAAUCUUGAAGUGACAUUUCAUGAAGAUAAAAUUACCUGUGAAUUUGUACAAGUUUUUUCUGAGGCAAGAGAGGUUUUCCUGAAAGUGCAAAAAUGGCUGACUGAUUCAAAAGAAUUCUAUGUCUUUGAUGGACGUUGUACAGACCACAUUGAAAUUAUUCAAGAUCAUAGUCGUGUUUUCAAAGCAUUAGCAUUUUUCGAAAUGGAUCUUGAACGUCAGUGCAAAAUGCACAAGAGAAGAAUAGAUAUGUUGGCUGCAAUUGUUGGUGAAUUGAAUCCUCAGCAUUAUCUCCUGAUAAUCCGUCAACUCACUUUUGAAUUAGCAGAGAUCUACAGUCAAAUGGUGGAUCUAAAGUUCACAAUUAUGGAAUCAGAAAGUUCAACACCAUCAAGGCAUAUUAUCAAGAAGAUAAAUACAUUGGUACAGCAAAGUAUCGACCAUUAUAAGUCAUAUCUUGAUUCACUAAAGAAUGGAAAGCCAGAUCUGCCUGAUGAAUUCUCAGAAUCUGACACAAGACCAGCUUUGAUAGCCAUGUUUUGUAUGGGUCGUCUAAUCUCCAAGUUUCUUUUAUCGGAUGUCCAACAAAGACUUCAAAAUAUAAAGAAAACCUCAGCUUGCUAUGAGUUUAUCAUUGAAUACUGUAAUAAAUUUCCAGAUGCUGCUGAAGUAGUAGCACUGGAGUUGUCUGUGUGUAAGGAAAUGGUGCCCCUUCUACCUGUUAAAAUGGAAAAGAUUCGACAGCAGGCAGAGUUGUGAAUGGAAUGAACUAAUGACAGAUAUAGCUGCUUCCAUUACUAUUCUAGAAAACAAUAAUUACGGAGUAUGAUUUUUUUCUAGAAUCCAAGCUUAUUCACACAUGAUAAAAGGCAAUAUAACUUAUGAAAGACGUGUGUCAUCUUCCAUAAAGAAAACUCUCUACAGCCCAGUGAUUUUUGUAUCAAUAUCAAAUGAAGUAAUAAUACAUGAGCUAGAUUAAAGUACUACCGGUAAAACGUUGGAACAAACGGUGAUAUAUUGUAACAUUAAACAUUUCAGUUAUCUUGGAUGGACAAAGUGCUAUUUAUAUAUAUACUGAUCUUGAACUGUAGGAGCUCGGUGUUAAAUACAAGUUUGGAUCAUCUUUUGGAGCAGAGGUUAAAUUCAAGACAUUAUCACUACAAAAUUGUUUGUUAGUUUUACUGCUAAU